AAUACUGUUUUCAAUGAAACGCCAAUUCAUGUCUACUUUUGUUGAUUGCAUUCAUUCACUGAUUAUUCAAUUGAAUGCCAGAAGUCAUUGAAUUAAUAGUUGUCUUCAAACACAUGACAAUCAGAAGACAAUUGUUUGGCGCAAAUGCAUUCAUUUCACUGUCAGAUGAUACGAAAACUCAUGUCUUGUAUCGAUUACCGGCGAAAAGUCUUCACUAAUCUUAAGCAACGAUUGAACACAAAGUGUCAAACAUGUGAUACCACUCAUAGGGACCACUCUUCGGCCAAUACUGUCGAGUCAGACGACCACCAAAUGCCACAUUUGAUUAGUCUAUCAGUUGAGUUGCAAUCAAUGGAUCACUACUUAGUUAUCGAUAAGAUUUGGAACCGCUGUCUUCAGGAGUUGGUUACGAUUCGCUUUCGAGUGGAGGAGAGCUUCUCAUGGCUGUCCACUCUGGGGGGCGCCUACUCUUCGCUCGGAGAAUAUGACAUCACUUUCGCUAUAAAAGCGGGACAGAUAUCCAAAUCACAGCUACUGUUGGCCAGUAUUACCGGUGACCCCAACAUAGUAGCCAAAUGCGGUGUAUUCAUGGCCUACAGUCUGUGCCAACAGCACCGGCAGCCAGAAGCCAUUCAACUGAUCCGACGAACACUCCAUCCGUUUAUUAUUCGGAUUGAGUUUUGCGAGCAAACCGUCAAAUCCAUGUUUUCUGCACUUUGUUAUCGGAUUAAACAUUAUUAUAAAUAA